AUGAAAUUCUUUUUGACAUUUGUUUUUGCCAUUUUAGCAUUGCAAAAACCAACAGAUCCAGACAAUAAUUGUGUUUUCUAUAAGUGUCCUGAUGAAUGGAGGACUUGCAUAGCAAAUAAUACUUGCGAAAAGCACCUAACAUAAUGUGUCACUAUUUAUUAGAGGUUCUAAGAAAUGCCCUAUGCAUUAGGACAAUUCUAUAAUUGUUUGGUAGAUGAUGAUAAUACUCGAUUGUUAUAUCGAUGUGUAAGAUAGAAAUGCAAUACUCCUAUUAGCAAUUGUUUGAUUGAAGCAUUUACAAAACGACUCACGUGA